CGCAGGCCAGUCUUGCCAGUCAUGAGCUUUGGACCGGCCUGCAUCUUUCUCAGAGGGGGGAAGAAUGUGGUACGAUCGCUGACAGCUGAUGAAAUAGAAGAGCUGCGAGAAGCCUUUCAGGAAUUUGAUAAGGACAAGGAUGGGUUGAUCACCUGCAAGGACCUGGGCAAUCUGAUGAGGACCAUGGGGUACAUGCCCACUGAGAUGGAGCUAAUUGAGCUGGGUCAGAACAUCAACAUGAAACUGGGGGGCAGAGUGGAUUUUGAGGACUUUGUGGAUCUGAUGGCACCGAAGCUCCUGGCUGAGACUGCUGGCAUGAUCGGCCUCAAAGAGCUGAAAGACGCCUUCAGGGAGUUCGACAUGGAUGGAGACGGCUCCAUCACUACAGAGGAGCUGCGCUGCGCCAUGAGCAAGCUGCUGGGUGAGCAGAUGAAAAAGGGCGAGAUCGACGACGUGAUCAGGGAGGCGGACAACAACGGUGACGGCACGGUGGACUUCGAAGAAUUUGUCAAAAUGAUGUCAAGCCAGUGACAGAGGGACUGAGGAAGACCACAACAAAAUAAAAAGAAAAUGGAAAGAAAAAGAGAAGAC